AUGGCUGACGAGAAGACCUUCCGCAUCGGCUUCAUCGUGCUGGGGCUCUUCCUGCUGGCUCUCGGCACGUUCCUCAUGAGCCACGACCGGCCCCAGGUCUAUGGUACCUUCUACGCCAUGGGCUGCGUCAUGGUGAUCGGGGGCGUCGUCUGGAGCAUGUGCCAGUGCUACCCCAAGAUCACCUUCAUACCUGCUGACUCGGACUUCCAAGGCAUCCUGUCCCCAAAGGCGCUGGGCCUGCUGGAGAAUGGGCUGGCCGCGGAGAUGAAGACACCCAGCCCCCAGCCCCCGUACGUCAGGCUGUGGGAGGAGGCCGCCUAUGACCAGAGCCUGCCGGACUUCAGCCACAUCCAGAUGAAGGUCAUGGGCUACCGCGAGGACCCCCGCCCCUUGCUGGCCCCUGAGCCGGGACAGCCGCAGCUGGGAUCCAGUGCUGGAGGAGAAGGUGGCCCUGGUGAGGCUCAGGCCUGGACGGAGGCCGCGGUGGUCAUCCACAGGGGCUCAGAGGAAGACGGGGGAGAAAGAAGCUCGACUGAGAGCAGGCCUGACCUGGAGGCCUGUCCCCAGGGCCCCGCACCCCUGGCGUCCUUCCAAGACGACCUGGAUGUGGACUCCAACGAGGGUGGCGGCCUCAGCUCGUCUCCACCCGAUGGCGGCGAGCCCCCUGCCCCGCCCGGGGAGCCCUGGGCCCGCAAGCACCAGCUGGACCGCUUCCGUGACUUUGCCCUGAUCGACGCCCCCGCGGAGGACGCGCCUCCAGAGCGGCAGUGGUCCCGCUCAAGGACAAGGGAGGAGGAAGACGAGGCUUCAGACGGAGGCACAGAGGAGCCGGAGCAGGAGGAGGAGGAGGACUUGUACUACGGGCUGCCGGACAGCCCUGGGGACCCCCUUCCGGACAAGGAACUGGGCUUUGAGCCCGACGCCCAGGGCUGA